UACAGACCAGCGCAUUGACCCUGAUGGCAUGGACACAGAGCAGGUGACGGGAGAGGGAGGCUGUGUGUCUGAAUCCAAUAUUAAAUGCAAUGAGCACCACUUCCUGGUGAGACCUCGCGGAUGUUCCUUUAAGUAGCGUCAAACAGGGAAGUAAAAUGUGCGUAUGAAUGAAACGGGGGUUGAUGAGAACACAGUGAACGGGGCGACGGGCUCCGGACCGUGGGGCAGGUGUUAACGAGUGAUGGACGAGGGGAGAGGAGGAGGAGGAGGAGGUGGGGACGAGCGGCGCUGCAGUGCGACACACCUCCCCUCAGCGGGGCUGGUUCUGGUUCUGUGCCAGACAGCCGAGGGUGACAGAGAUCGGACUGAGAUGACGGACUGCAGCGCUGCCCACUCACACGCCCACACGUAAUGAGGAGGAAAUUAAAACGGCAAAGUGGAGAGAAAGAGCCUGCAGGCAGGAGGGGAAGGCGUGCAUGAACACGACGCACGCUGCUUUUCUCUAGUAUGAGAGAUACUCGACGGGAGGAUUACAUCUAGCGUUUAGCGAGACAAGAGACAAGGAAAUAACCAUGGAUGCAGAGCAGGAGGAAGAAAAAGUACAUCUGGAUCUUAACCGUCCCCCAGUCUACCCAUUGCCUGAAGAAAUAAACAAGAUGGAGCACAGUGAGACGGUGUGUCAUUACUGUGGUGUCAGCUACCUCAUUUUCCAUGAGUUCCAGCAGCUCCACACCCGGCUGGCUCAGCAGGAGGCCGAGCUCCAAGAACUGAGAGGGACUGCCCAGAGAGAGAGGGCCCAGCGAGAUGCGCUGGAACUGGAAAAGCAGGAGUGGGAAAGGACCCUUCACCUGGAGGUGCUCAGACGGGCAGCGGAGAAUGAGAAGCGCAUGAGCGAAACGCUGGAGGAGAAGAGCAAAGAGACGGAGAGCGCUUUACGAAAGGCGUUUGAUGAAAAAAGCCAGAGGGAGAGAAGAGAGCUGGAGCAGCACUAUCAGAAACUCAGUGAGGAAAGGCAGACACAGCUUAGGGGGGAGUUAAGAGACUUGGAGGCGGAGAGUCUGAGGAAGCAGAGAGAGGAGCUGCAGAGGAGGACGGACGAGAGGGAGCGAGCGCUGAGUGACGCACUUCAAAAGGCCAAUAAAAAUGUAGAGGAGCAGAAAAAAUACCUCCGACACCUGGAAGAGAGGCUGACAGCAGCAACUUCCACAAAGGAGGAUGCUGAGCAGUUACUCGGAGAACAGAAGCAGAUGGGCGAAACGCUUCGAGCUGCGUGUUCGCGGCAGCAGCGCGCCCUGGAAGCAGCUCUGCCCGCGCUCCGCUCCACCGGCGGCGAGCUCAGCGACGUGCGUGGUCUCCUCCACCGGCUGAUGGAGGCCUGGCAGCGCUUCAGGGCUCAGAUGCUGCAGUGCACCACGCAGGUGUUCUCAGCACUGAGGAAGGAGCUGAAGAAUUCAAGCGAGGAGGUUCAGAAAAUGAGGGAAGAUUACGAUCGCGUAACUCAGCAGCUGACGUGUUUACAGAAGCAGAAGGGCGCGGGUGAUGAGAAGCUGUCGCAGCUGGAGCUCUCGGAGGAGGCGCACAGACAGCAACUGCUGCGGUUUAAAGCAGAGUUGGAGGAGAAACAUGAGAUGUGGUUGUCAUGUCAACAAAAGCGUGACGCCAUACAGGAGCAGCUGUUGUCAUGGCAGCAAAGAGAAGAACAAAUGGCACGGAAGUGCUCCUCAGCUGAGCAGGAAGUGAUGCAACUGAGGAAAACCCUGGAGAGGCUCCAGGAGAAAACAACAGAGUUGAGCACAGAAAGAGAGGGACUGUUAGAGUCUCACAGGCGAGAGCUGAUCAAAAUAGAGGAAGACUUUGGGCAGCAAAUGGCAUCAAAGUUAACCGCUGCCCUGGAAGAGCAGAGCACCCAGAAUGCAUUGCACCUACGCGAGCAGAUGACGGCGUACCGCGGCGAGGUGGAGCUGGAACUGAGCAUCGACAGGGAGAAGAACCGGCUGCUCCUCCUGCAGCACCAGCGCCACGGCAGCCGGCUCCAGCACAAGCUGGAGGAGAGAGAGCAGGAGCUGCAGGAGCUGAGAGCGGCACUGCAGCAGGAGAGGAGGAGCAGGGAGGAGGAGAGGAGGAUGCAGCAGCAGGAGAGGAGGAGGGCCGAGGAGGAGACGCGCCAGGAGAUGCACCGCUUCCAACAGCAGGAGGCACUAAAGCUGAGCCACAUCGAGGCUGAGCUGCAGCUGAUGACUGGGAGCAAUACCGAGCUACAAGGAGAGGUGGCGGUGCUCCAGGAGACAGUGAGAAGGGAGUGCGAGGAGAGGGAGGAAUUGACUGCUGCUCUGUCUAAAGCCCAAGAGGAGCUCCUUGGGCUGCGAUCCCCAGUGUCCUGCCCCAGGUCGCUUCCAAGCCCCCCGGAGAGACACACACCCAGGAGCAAACAUUUCCUCCAGAGUCAAACUCGGGUGCCUCUCACUCGCUCCUCGGCCUCCCCGAACACACUCAGAUCCUUCUCGUCCUGCGUGGAAAAAGACAGAAGCCUGGACACGGGUGGAGCAAGGGCCGUGGGGGGUUCAGAGUCCUGGAAUUGUGCUGGGGUGCUGGGUGGGGGAAAAAAGCAAAAGGGAACACUGCCCAGACUGAAAGUGAGCAGCUCGGCGACUGAGGUCAAGCUCGGCUGAGCGAUGGGGAGAAAGGAUAGGCUGUCGUGGCUGCAUAAACAACAUCAUUUCAAGUAUUUAUGUCAAAGGAUUUGAUUCGGGAAUAAUCCGACCCACGCGCUAACGAACACAUGAACACACACUCGGCAAGCAACACGCGGUUGCUGAGUUUCGUUACACCAGGAAACUCCUAGGGCGCACACUCCGUCGCAGACAUGCACUUGUUUUCUCACAAGCUGAUUCACGCAGUCUCACUGUCACGCACAGGAUUUCACAGACAGGAAGCCACACACACACACACACACACACACACACACACACACACACACACACACACACACACACACACACACACACACACACACACACACGCACACACGUUGACACAAAGACAAGGCUGAGGGAGCAUGACAGUGUGUCCCUUGCCUCCUGUGGACACUGAGAAAAGGCAGGCAACACAAAGGAGGCUGUAAGGUGAGCACCCUCAGACACACAACAAUCACCCAGCCCGCUCCCCUCGGGCAUUGUGUGUUAUUGACAUCAUUCAGUCCGUGCAAGGUCCUACCACCCCCUUCCCUCUCCUUUCCUCUCCCUCUACAUUUGGGAUGCAUUGGCAUCAUGGGAGACGUGCGUGAAGUGAGUGUGUGUGUGGCAUGGAACUAAUUUACUCACUCACUGGCACACAUGGAACGCUUUUGCUUUGAAUUCCCUGCGUCCCGCUCCCUCUCCAGUCGGCCUGCAAGACAAUGCACGUGCAUGUCAUUCACACAAGAAGGUGGGAUGAUUACGAUUUUAUCCUGCCAGCAUGUCCUGUGUUUGCCAAAACACACGCAUAUGGUUUAUCUGCUGAAACCUUUGAGGAGUGUGGGGACUACAAUCAGAAAAACAGCCGGGCAAAAACCCCCUCAUCAUCUGUUUUUCUUUUUAUCCCACGUGGACAUAUGGGAAAUUUACACCAACACACAAGUCACCGCUUUGUGCUUUUCCUAAACCUGGCUGCGCGUAAUUCUAAUAAAGACCAUUGAAUUUAUUUGGUUGCAGAAGAGGGAAAAAAUAUUAUGUUUAUUGUCUUGCUAAUGUCCAUUAAUUAUGUAAUGUUCUACUUUGCUCGUGUGGUCAUUGUCACAAUGUGUGACUGAGGAAGAAAUGUGUCUGUACAUGAUCACAUGUCUUUGUGUAAAAAAAUGCAGUGCUUCCCUUUGUUAGUUUAAGAAAUGAGGCAGGCAGAACAUGACUCACAUCCAGUAUUCACUCAAGAUAAGUAAAACAUGUCAGCGCUUCUCACUGAUGUUGACUGAAGCUUGACGCCAGGGCAGGAAAUAGGUACUGUAAGUAAACCUGAGUUUAAAUGUCAACUUUUAGGACUUGACAGGGCUCAAACUCUUUUGAGCAUGGCGUGAAUGACAUAAACAUUGUGACUGAUGUUUACGUAAAAUAUAAUGAAUUGUAAAGUGGGGUUUGGCGGUUACUCGGUACCAGGUGAGAUUGUUUUUCACUCUUUUAACCCCGCCCACUGUUCUGGUGAGGGCUGGGUCUUCAUAUUAGCUGCAAAAGGUUCAAAAGGGCUUUGAAGUAGCUGUACCAUUUGAUGCUCCAGACGUUAUUAGUCACAUGUUCAUUCAUUUGAUACAAGCUAUGAAUUACACUGUAGUGUAUGCUUAACUUUUAAGUAGUGUGACCGAUUGUAUAUAUUUCCUUUCUUAGAUCUCUCACACAACGGAGAUCUUGUAACUCAAUGAGAUUUCCUGAUUAAAUAAGGCCUAACUGACUUAAAUGUAACAAGAGCGGCAAUGUUUUUAGUGUCCAUGAGAGAUACAGUACUGCUGCAAAAGAUCAUUUCCAUUUCAUAAUCGUCCAAAAAUACUUUUAAAGCUAUAA